AUGUCAUUCACCAAACAUUCUCCCCAAGGAUAUCGCACCAAUACCACAACUGAAAAAAAAAUAGGCUCGAGAGGAAGAAAACCUGGUCGUGCAAGGGUAGUAACCUCAACUCCGAAUAAAGAGGAGUUAGAGGAAUCUAUUAAUCGUUCACGUGAGAAAGUUACUAAGAGACUAGUCAAUGAAGCAGGACCAAGUUCUCUUAAACAAUCUGCGAAGAAAAAGCGAAAAGCACGUUCACCAUCAACAUCAUCUUCAUCAUUAACAUCUUCAGAACCCGUUCCCGCAAACUCCUCUGAUGAAGAUGAUCUCCCCCUGUCAUCUUAUAUUAGUCCCAAGCAUUUGUGCUGA